AUGAUUGCUGCAUCGACAAAUAUACCUCCGUCAUCAACAAAAGUGUUAAACGAAAGCAAUCGAGGAUUUAAUAUGCUUCAACGAAUGGGUUGGAAACAAGGCACUGGUUUGGGGCGAAAAGAAGAUGGCAUUACAGAGCCGGUGAUUAGUGAAGUUCGUCCUAACCGUGCUGGACUUGGACUCAAAAAUGAAAUCAAAUUUGAAUUAUCGAAAAAGCAGGAUAAAAAACAACAUUUGCUGGAAAUUACAAGGCAGCGUUUUCAAAAAGCUGAAAUUUUUGCUGUGGAUAACGACGAAAGUGAUACAAAUUGA